ACCAAGUCUGGAACUUGAUGCGCCUGUAAACCUAAGAAAUAAGUUUCAUCAUCAGGUUCAGAUACGGAAAAACUUUUCAAAUGGCGUCAUUAUUGUCCUCCCACGUUGAAAUUUCCCGAACGGCUCUCUUUCCGGCGCCGUCGCCGUCGCCGGUGAUAAACCCAUCUCUCAAACGAAACUUCAUAACGUUCAGUCAGGCUUCCUCUUUUAAAAAGCCCCUCCGGACACUAUCCGCCGGCGCGACCAAGUACGAUGAACUCACCAGCGGUCUGGACGAAGACAUGGAUAUGAUCCGGCGGCUGCAGAACGGCUCAGACGUGAGAGGGGUGGCGUUGGAGGGGGAGAAGGGUCGGACGGUGGACCUCACGCCGGCGGCGGUGGAGGCCAUAGCUGAGAGCUUUGGCGAGUGGGUGGCGGCCGAGGAGGAGUCGGAGAGCAAAGGCCGCGUCUUAAGGGUGUCGGUCGGGAGAGACCCACGCGUGUCGGGAGCGACCCUGGCCACGGCCGUGUUCGCUGGUCUAUCUCGUGCCGGCUGCCUGGUCUACGACAUUGGCUUGGCUACUACUCCGGCUUGCUUCAUGAGCACGUUACUCUCCCCCUUUGACUACGACGCCUCCAUUAUGAUGACGGCGUCUCACUUACCGUACACAAGAAACGGUCUCAAGUUUUUCACGAAGAGUGGCGGGUUAACGUCGUCGGAGGUGGAGAAAAUUUGCGACGUAGCUGCACGCAAGUACGCUAAUAGAGUCACCAAGGUCUCGACGCUGGUCCGAACUCCUCCCGAGAAAAUCGAUUUCAUGAGCGCUUACUCCAAGCACUUGAGAGAUAUCAUCAAGGACAGAAUCCAUCAUCCGGACCGAUACGACACUCCUCUCGAUGGGUUUAAGAUAAUAGUGAACGCUGGGAAUGGGUCAGGAGGUUUCUUCACAUGGGAGGUUUUGGACAAGUUGGGGGCGGACACCUUCGGUUCGCUCCACCUUAACCCGGACGGGAUGUUCCCCAACCACAUCCCGAAUCCGGAGGACAAAACCGCAAUGUCCCUGACCAGAGCCGCGGUUCUCGAGUACUCAGCAGAUCUCGGCAUAGUCUUCGACACGGACGUUGACCGGAGCGGUGUGGUCGACAGCAGAGGCAAUCCUAUCAACGGAGACCGGCUCAUCGCUCUUAUGUCAGCUAUCGUCCUUAAAGAACAUCCUGGAACGACGAUUGUGACGGACGCUCGGACAAGCAUAGGGCUGACCAAGUUUAUAACGGAGAGAGGAGGAGAGCAUUGCAUGUACAGGGUAGGUUACAGGAACGUGAUCGACAAGGGAGUUCAGCUGAACAGAGACGGGAUCGAGACUCAUCUCAUGAUGGAAACUUCAGGGCAUGGUGCUCUACAGGAGAAUCAUUUCUUGGAUGACGGUGCAUACAUGGUGGUGAAGAUCAUAAUAGAGAUGGUGAGAAUGAAGCUCGAAGGGUCGAACGAAGGGAUUGGGAGUUUGAUAGAUGAUCUUGAAGAGCCGCUCGAGUCGAUAGAGCUACGGAUGAACAUUGUGUCGGAGCCGAGAGAGGCCAAGGCCAAGGGCACCCAAGCCAUUGAAACGUUCAGGCAGUUCGUCGAGGAAGGGAAGCUAGAAGGAUGGGAACUGGAUUCAUGCGGAGAGUGUUGGGUGAGCGAAGGCUGCUUGGUGGAUUCAAAUGACCAUCCUGCCCCCGUUGACGCCCAUAUGUACAGGGCAAGGGUGGGGGAUGGGGAGAGGGGGGAGUACGGGUGGGUGCACAUGAGGCAGAGCAUUCACAACCCAAACAUUGCCGUCAACUUCCAAUCCACCCUCCCCGGCGGCUGCCUCUCCAUGGCCCGACUCUUCACCCACCAGUUUCUGGUCGCAAGUGGCAUCGGCGACUUCCUCGAUUUCAGUCAGUUCCGCAAGUACAUCGCCAAUCAAGAAUGAAGUUCCCCUAAUAACAAUUUUCUUUUAACGAUCAAAUUUUACGUAUAUCAUAUCAUAUCAUAUCUUGGAACUUUUUCCAUAUACAUUUGUAUAUAAUUAUUCAACAGUUAAAACCUUCUUUAAUGGCAAACCAAGGAAAAUGUA